GCGGCGCUGCGUGGGGGUGUUCGCUUGAUGUCAUUUGGCAGAAGGGGAGGUUGAGCUCACGGUGGGCACACAUAACAAUAACGUUAUCAUUUAACCGUGCACCUUUGGAGCUUCUAUCUCUGUUUUGGACUCGCUGAAGAAAACCUAUACAUCCUCUCAACCGAAGAAGGAAGAAAACAGAAGGGGAGGGAGAGAAGCUGGCUGGCUAACGGACUGAGAGGACCAGAUGCUGUUCCAGCGGAGAGGGAGAUCCGGAUCGAAGAAGAAGCAGCAGGACACGGGGAUGGGGUCUCUAGCUAGCGUUGGACCUUUGUUUGGAAAUCUGGAACCUGCUUUGUGAAGUUAAAGAGGCUUGGUUACAUCCUUCUCCACUCUCGUCUUUGUGACAUUGUGUCUGAAAUGCUAGCGCGGUCCUGGUCUCGGCCGUCGAGCAGCCUUUGGGCCGCAGCUCGGCACACCGAGCCCGGAUCCGGAAAAUAGCUAGCUAGCUCCCUGCUAGCCGCAGCUGUACCCGAUGCUGCUGCUUCUGCUGCUACACGGAUCAAGGAGACAACACACGGGCCCUGGCGCCGAGUGAGCUAUUGUUUUUACCGUGCUGGACUACACCGGGCUUUUGAGAUGUGAUGCUUUUGUUCGUCGUCGUUGAGCCUUUUGUAGCUGGAGGCUCGAACUUGCCUGAUGCGAAGGAGAAGCUAACGUUGCUGCAGGAUGAAAAGCAGAACCACAACAGCAGGCUCCUGCUGAGGGGGGCGAGGUUAGACUGAGAACAGCCCACCUUGUUGUGUCUCUCCGGGGUCACAUUUGGACAACGACCACCACCUUUUCUCCGCCGCGUCAUUCCCCUGCUCCAUCAGCUGGCGUUAUGGAUAAACUAACUAUCAUUUCAGGGUGUCUGUUUCUGGCAGCAGAUAUAUUUGCAAUAGCCAGCAUUGCAAACCCAGACUGGAUCAACACUGGUGAAUCAGCAGGUGCCCUUACAGUCGGUCUAGUCCGGCAAUGCCAGACCAUCCACGGACGAGACAGGACCUGUAUCCCUCCACGGCUGCCCCCUGAGUGGGUCACCACACUUUUCUUCAUCAUCAUGGGCAUCAUCUCCCUCACGGUCACCUGUGGACUGCUGGUGGCGUCGCACUGGCGCAGAGAAGCUACCAAAUAUGCUCGCUGGAUCGCCUUCACCGGCAUGAUCCUGUUCUGCAUGGCGGCGCUCAUCUUCCCCAUAGGCUUCUAUAUCAACGAGGUGGGAGGCCAGCCGUACAAGCUGCCCAACAACACAGUGGUGGGCUCGUCGUACGUGCUCUUCGUCCUCUCCAUCUUCUUCACCAUAGUGGGACUUCUGUUUGCAGGCAAAGUUUGCCUCCCGGGCUGAGGACACUAGCGUGCCCGCCUCUGGACUGACACAGGAGGCUCUGGAAGUUUUAUAGGAUUUACAAAAAACACACACUGACUGAACAUCAAAGACAACAAACUCUGCCCAGACGCUCAAACAGGGAUGUCUUGGAUAAUGUGUCAAGGGACCGCAGGACCUCGGAGGACCUAAUGACAAUUGAUGAUAAAGAACAGAUGAACACUAAAAGGAGAGAUGCAGGGCAUGGAGGGAGGUGGAGGAGUGUCGGAGGGGGCAGCCAAGGUCGCUGCAGCGCCCUGCCUCUGUCGAAUUAAAAUAUGGCCGUCUCUUUGUUGUUGAUCUGUUGGAAAAGGGUGCUUUAUGUGCCGCUGUCAUGGCAACUGCAACCACAACGCUGGCACACAUUUCUUGAGGACCACUACAGCCACUCCUCAACUUGAUCCCCCCGCCCGCCCUCAGCACACAUCUGCGCCGUCACAACCGCUCCUGUUGCUAUUUUUGGCUCCUCUUAGCUAUUUCGGUUGUGUGUUUUUCUGUUGUUGUACACUAUGUGUUCUUUCUUUUUUUUUUUUCUUUCUUCUGCCUCCCGCCACAUUUUCACUGAAGUAGCGUGAGUGUAAUUAAGGUUCACUGAUCUGAAUCCUUUAAGGGGAACUUGUGGGAGGGGGGUGGUGUCUGCCAGUUUGGCUUCAGAGCAGGGUUUAUUCUCGCUCGUCACUUCACAAAAGGUGCGGGUCUGUGGAGAGCAGCUGUGGAACCAUCUGCCUGUGCCGCUUUGGACCAGAGGAAGGCACAGCAGAUGUGUUGCAUCUUUAUCUCCAACUAGCCGCAGCUGGAAAACAGGUAGUAGCGAGCGGGGAGGGUGGGGCUCCCUGUGCAGCUCGACAGGAGGCACCAUAAAGGAGAAUGCCACUCAAUGUAAGACCUUGCAUUAUGUUAUUUCUAACAGACAUUAGUAAGUGUAGACAGCCACUUUGCUAAGCUAAAGCCAUAACACUAAUACACAUCUUUGCCAAUAACUAGAAGACUGUGAAUGAAGAAAAAAGAAAUCCAAGCAUAAAAACACCUCUUGUAUUUGUAGUGACUCUCUAAGUAUAGCAACAGGCAGAGCAGCCUGUCCAUGGUGUUUUUCCAGAGGUGUACAUCACUGUGGUAUUACAUUUCACUUAAUAUCUCUAGACAGUAUUACAUUUUAUACGUAGAAGCUGACGUUACUUGAGGUGUAAAAAAUAAUGGCAAAUAUUGGUGGUAUUCUCCUUUAAUGUUCAGACAGGAGAGAAACGAGCCAGGAGCACCUUUUGUUUUGUUUUGUUUGGUAGAGACAGUGAAGGCACCAGGACUGCAGGUCAGGUCCAUGCAUGGGGCUGAGCCUCAGAGUGCUGCACCUGAGGCCCGUGAUUGUAGAACAUACACACACACAGGUUCACACACACCGUACUGUGUAUUAGGGCAGCAACUUACCAUCAUUGUUAUUUUUUGUCUAUUAGAGUCCUUCCAUUCUCUGUAGUUGAUGUUCCUCAUUAACCCCAGUAAACAUAAUAAUGUUCUCCUUAAAACCUCAGAGCGCCGAACAUCUUCACAACAUUCUUUAUUUGGCUGACCAGAACUUUUUAUGAGUGUCUUAAGUUACUUUAGGUUCAGGGAGAGGAUCAUGCUGUUAGUUUCAAAACUACAGCUCCCAUUAUUCUGGAGGAUUCCACAGAGAAAGUUCCCUGUUUGGUAAUGUUAGCUGCACAGACUGUAUUAGAAGAGGUCAUACCCUCCAGGUCUAAAAGAUGAAGGAGCAGUGCCUUACACCUGUAUUCCGUCUAAUGGCCAGCAGGGGGAGACUCCACUGGCUGCAAAGAGAGAAAAAAAAGAACCAUUCUCCUCCCUUGAUUUAUUACCUCAUUCAAUGAACAGUUUAUGGCCUCAAAUACAAUGUUCAAAUCUUCUUCAAUAAGCGUGAUAACGUUCAAGAAAUCAAGAGAAACAAGACAAAGUAGAGUGUGAUGUAAGGGUUUGAGGUCAGUCUACUUUGUGAUUUACAAGUCACUACCAUAGCAGCCAGUCAAUCAGGAUAGAUGUGUAGGUUAGCUUAUCAAACCUCUCAUGCAGUUAUGGAAACUUGAAAACAGAAGGUGAUGUCACGGUGGUUUCAUAGAGUCCAUGGACAACUCCCGUCCCUUUCUUUAGCCCGUAAUGAUUCUCAUUAGAUACAUUUGAACGAUUACAAGUCAGCAGAAAUAGCUUCUAUAGAUCUUGUAUGAAAUUGAACAGCAGACAUACAGCUGUUACUGAAUAUCUUUGAUACUGAAGAAAAGGAUAUGUCUUUAAUUGCUUAGAACAGAUCUUCAUCUCCGAAACGAGUAAACAUACAUUUAAAAACUCCAUCAACUUACCAGUUGUCCCAAGACCGGUAAAGAGUGUGUGUGUGUGUGUGUGUGUGUGUGUGUGUGUGUGUGUGUGUGUGUGUGUGUGUGUGUGUGUGUGUGUGUGUGUGUGUGUGUGUGUGUGUGUGUGUGUGUGUGUGUGUGUGUGUGUGUCGAAUCAAUCACGGAGCUCAGUCGUCGAGUCUUACAGUUUUGUUGUUUUGGUAUUUCUGUUUCCCGCUCGGCAUUUCUGACUCUCGGCCCGGUGAUGUAAACUGCUUUCUGUUCACUCUACAGUGCCCUGUCUUGGUUGGUUGAGUAUUGUGCCAUGACCUGUUUUUGUUUAAUAAUGUACAGACACAAAAGGCAGGAUUUCUGUAUUAGAAAGCACUGUGCAUUCAACAGUAUAGGUAACAGAAAUAGAAGCACCACAAAUGUAUAAAAAAGAAACUUCUUACCUCAUUGUUUUUGUUUCUGCUAUUAUUUUCUAAUGGUGGCAAUGUGUGCCCUCUAAUUUGUCUCUUGCCUUGAUCGGAUGUCUUCACAUAAAGCCUAUGAUCAUAGGAAAUUAUUUAUCACUGAAUAAAACGAGAAAAAGUGGGUGUGUGUGACUCUGA